UCCCUUGGUAGGUAGGGAACUCGGCUGAUCUCGACAUUCUUCCAGGGACAUACAAUAGUGGCAAUGCCCCCUGGCCUCCGAUCUCUUUCAACGUUCACCAACACAGCUACGAAACUCGAACAUUUCUUGGGAUUGGCUUUUCGACGGGUACGGAGACAGCUGGGACAUUUGGCAUUCACACCAUUGCGAAUUCGAGAGCUGAGAAGCCGAGGAACAGAACUCAAUACAGAGAAGCGGACAAUCACAACCAUGCCUCCUCCACAACCACGAACUCACAAGGCGAAGCCGCCAAGUCCGGAGCCUCGCCCGAGCUCCAGCAUCCUUCUGAUUUCUCCCGAAAACAAGAUCCUCCUCCUCCACCGCGUCAAGACAUCUUCCUCUUUCGCCUCCGCCCACGUCUUCCCCGGUGGAAACCUCUCCUCGCAAGACGGCCCCAUCCCAGCUCCGAGCUCUCCCGAACGCCACGUCGACAGCCCCGUCUAUCGCCUCGGCGCCAUCCGCGAGUGCUUCGAGGAAUCCGGGAUCCUCCUGGCGCGGCACCGCGAUGGCGGGGGCAUGCUCGAGGUUCCCGACGCGGAGCGCGAGCGCGCGCGACGGGCGAUUCACAGCGGGGAACUAAAGUUCGGCGAGUGGGUGAAGGAGAUGGGUGGGGUUGUGGACGCGGACGCGCUGCUGCCGUUUACGCGGUGGAUAACGCCGACGUCGGUUCCGCGGCGCUUUACGACACAGAUGUAUGUGUAUUUCUGGCCUCUGCCGGGGGCGGGGCAGGAUGCCAAGAUCCCGAUUGGGGGUGACGCGAUGAUUCCUACGCCGACGAGUGAUGGGGGGCUGGAGCAUACGGCUGCUGUGUUCCAGAGCUGUGCGACAUGGCUGGAGCAGGCGCGGCGGAAUGAGAUUAUUAUGUUCCCGCCACAGUUGUAUCUCAUCUGGCUGCUGGGCAAGUUUUUUGAGGGGGGCAAGGGAGGGGCGAUGGACCUACGAGAACAGAGAGAGAAGGCCAACGAGUUCCUGAAGGGGAGUGGUGCCAACGGGGUGCCGUGGGCUGAUAAGGUUAUCAGCCCCGUGCCAUUGGGCAUGUUUGAGGGUAGGGCAGUGCUGAGCCUCGACCAUCCUGGCCCAGAGCUGAAGGGGAGUGGGCGACGAGGAGAGAGCGGGCAUGUUGUGCAGGUAAGAUUCUCCAAAGAGGGGCCGCGCGAUGCAGAGGUCAGAGACGCAGUGGAAAUGAAGAAAUUGAUGGGGGAGGCGAAAGGGAAGUUGUAGAUUAUGGUGAGUCAGACGGUGUAUAUAGCCAAGGGUUGUACCAGGGGAUAUGAACAUAUGAUAUACAUGUUAGCAGCGCCAAACUUCAGAGAAUGUUCGCCAGAUGCAUUCAAUGGGCGUCUUAUGUUUCCUCCUGCACUUUCGGCUUCUUUCGUACGGCCCUUCAAAAAAUGGCCUUACAUUCAGG